AUGUUUGUUUGUAUCAUCAUCUUCAUUAUCAUCAUUAAUACUAUUAUUAUCAUUGCUGUUGCUAUAGCGAUCAUCAUUAUUUUUUACUAUUUUUCACAUUAUUAUAAAUACAACUGCCUUUGUAAAGAUAAAAGAAGUCUAUUUAUAGAAGUCCAAGAGACCCCGAAUCCCAACAGUUUAAAAUUUCUUCCCCAGAGGGCCAUCCUUCAGGACGGAGUACAACCUCGGGACUAUCCAACACCCAAGUCAACUUUUGAUUGCAGCCUUGCUAGCCAGUUACAUCAAAUAAAUGGAGUUUCAGGUGUCUACAUUGGCAGAGAUUUCAUCACAAUUUCAAAAUCAGAUGAUGUUAGCUGGGCCAAUAUUGAUUCAGAAGUGAGAUCAUUACUGAUGGAGUAUUUUAGCAUCAACAAACACGUUAACAUUGCUAUUUCUACGUCACCAUCGUCAACGUCAUCACGUGAUGUCGACGAAGAGAACGAAGAUGAAGUGAUUGAGAUGAUUAAGGAGUUGAUUGAGUCUAAGAUAAGACCCACAGUGCAAGAAGAUGGUGGAGAUAUUGUUUAUGUGGGUUUCGAAGAGGGCAUAGUGAAAGUGAAAUUGCAAGGGUCAUGUACAACCUGCCCGAGUUCAGAGGUCACGUUGAAGAGAGGGGUCCAGAACAUGUUACAGUUCUAUGUACCGGAAGUUUUGGGAGUUGUCCAGGUUGAAGAUGAGAAAGACGAACUAAGCAAUAAAGAAUUUGAAAAACUUGAUAGUUCGCUGGACAAGGAUUCCAAAGAAAAUUAA